AUGAAGUCCGACACCGACCUAACCAAGAAGACGUCGGAGUGCCUCAUCAGGAUCUACAUCAACGACCAGGCCGAGCCCUACCUGAUACAACAACGGCUACUGCAAUCUGCAAGCAAGCUGCUGGGCACAGACACGCGCAAGGAGCAAGGUAUCCGUAUUGAGUGCAGCAAGGAGGACGCUACAUGCUGGAGGAUCAUACUCUACUGGAUCGUCCAGCACGAGCUUCCUGACGACGUUCAAACCGAAGAAACCGAUUCUUGGUUCGAUGAAAACCACCUCAUCAUGUGCUGGCUGCUUGCCGACAAGUACGAGAUCCGGUCCUUCCAGGACGAGGCCAUGACGACUCUCAUGGAGUCCUUCAACAGAGCCGGGUGGGACUCAAUGACCGUGGAGACCAUCCUAAAAGUGUUCAAGCAGACACCACGAGGCUCCAAGCUCCGUGAGCUACUCGCAGAGCACGUGGUCGAGAUACAGAAGGUGGAGAAAUACGUGCAUCCACUUAUGGCGGAGUACGUGGAGCCGCAUCGUGGGACUGAGUUCUAUAAGCUCUACAAGAAGAAAGAGAAGGAAUGGGACAGCAUUCUUGGUUUGCCGAAGUGGGAGCAUAAAUUUGCUGAUGCGAACGCCGACUUUUGGAAGAAGUACUUGUAUGCGCCAGAGAAGUGCAAUUUGCUGCGAUUUCGUGGCGAGGAGUAUGUGCAAGGAUGGAGGCCUGGACGAGAAUAUUUUGGUUUGGAUGAGGUAUAA